UACGAAUUACCAUGGCGUCAGGAGAGUCCUGUGUGUCUUAUUAUUUCUCAAACAUUACGCGGUUUUUAUACUAUAUGUUGGUUUUUACAAAGUAGUAAGUCUCAAAAUCAAAAUGUCAGAAGACACGACCAGCUCACCGUACACGGAGGAAGAGUGUGCUGAUAUGAUACAGUGCUACCUCAUCAGCGGAAAGAAACUUGAAUUAACUCAAAUGUGCUAUGCAAAACGAUACCCUGACCGUAGAAAACCAGCACUACAUAUCCUAGAGAAGGUUGUGCAAGAGUAUCUGACAUCCCUCAUGUCAAAUAAGACGACAAAGUCUGGAGCGAAAUUGACUGGGUAUACGGAAGACAAAAUUGUACGGUAUUUUAUAACAAAUUCUCAUGCAACUGUUAAGAAGGCUGCUAGUAUAUUUGGUGUACAAAAUUGGUAUAUUGAAAAAUUACUUGAAAAAAGAAAAGCUGAGAUAGAAGCAAAGCGAAAUGAAAAUGAGGAAAUCAGAAAGCAAGAACAGAGUUCAAACCGCAUCUUUAGACGAGAAAAGAAAAAAGUUGAACAACAACAAGAAACUAGUGAUUCUGAAGAAGAAACAGUUAUUAUUAAAGAUGAAUUAGAUUCAGAUGAAAGUAAUAUUGAAGUUAUUGAAAAAGAAAGUAGGGGUGGUGUCAUUUGCCACCAAGCCAUAAACAGUGAGAUGCAAGAUGCUGUUUUAUGCAGCGAAGCUAGUAAUAUAGAUACGGCUGAUAAUAAUUUACUAUGCGAAAUCAUUAGAGACGAAACGCAAGAUAUUGGAAAUUGCAGCGAAACUAGAAGUGAAACAGAUGAUGAUGUUAUUUGUUUGGAGAUGGAAUAUACAAAAAAGCGUAAAAAGAAAUACUCAAAGCGUAGAGGCACUAAGAAGAUAAAAACUUCCGAAAAGAAAAAACUAAAACGUAGCAACCAAGGUGAGUUAUUUUAA